AUGAGCGGUCAGGUUUUGGCACGUCUUCAGGAGCUGACCGAGGGACCUGGAAUUGCCUUGAUAGGUCGAGAUGGGCUUCGCUCGUUGGUCCUCCUCUGCGGAAUCAGCGGACUGCUGACUGGAGUUAUUUCCUUCCCAUUCGGUGAUUGGAAAACAAUCAAUAACUGCCCCGUCGGCUGGGCUCAGCUGGACUCUCAUUGUUACAGGUUCAUAAAUCAAGAGAGGACCUUUGAAGAUGCCGAGAACAUCUGCCUAACUCUCUCCGGGAAUUUGGUCUCCAUCCAAAAUCAGCUGGAAAAUACAUUUGUUCUUGAACUUAUUCAAGAGGGCAACGGAGAUGGUUUGAUCUGGAUCGGCUUCACUGAUGAAGACAUGGAGGGCACCUUCGUUUGGACCGAUGGCUCAACGGUGAAUUUCAAAAACUUUGAUGAUAUAAAUUUGUCGGAGCCUGACGGCAGUGGUAAUUGUGUUGCAAUUGAUGCGACCGAUGGUCUUUGGCAGGACGACCCCUGCACUGAUACCAAGGCAUUUGUUUGCAUCAGAGAUGUGGUUCGUCACUAACGUGGAUCGCUCCUAUCGCAUUUGAGCUCGUGACGCCGGCAGCGGCACGUCAUCAAACUCUCGUUUCUGGGUCCACUCGCAACUCUGCUUUUCUUCUUUUUCGGCCAUUGACAACAAAACUGCAAA